AUGUACCUGUUUCGCGGAGCCGCUCCUGCCCCACUUGCAGGGGCACCGCGCUGGGAAGCUCGUCCGGGCUCUCCUCUGCCAGCCGCUGGCUCAGGCCGAAGGGAAGACACAGCUCCGCCUCGCUCACCUCCGAGCUGGCUCCGUCGUCACGCCAUGGACACUCGUCCCCUGCCCAAACCGGGUGCUUCGCCCCUCGGCGUCCAGGAGAAAGAAAAUGGCUGGGAGCUGGCCAAAAGAAUACUUGAAAGAAAUUCUAAAGUCAAAGCUGAAUUGAACAUCAAAAACCAAGGCGAAGUAGCAAGCCCAGUUGGAGUCGAUGUUGCUGGCUCACAAGGGGUAGCUGGCAAUGCAGAAAGUAAGGCCAUUUUCAGUUUCAAUGAACCUUCUGGAAUUGACGAGUUAUCCUGGCCCGACUCGCUUGCACAUUCGCUCCUACUUUCGGUCUCGGCUGGAGAGGAUGCAGCAGUGUCACGUUCUAGGAAAUCUUUUCCAGGAUAUCUGAGGAGACAUCAGAUUCUAAAAGAGAAUAGUUCAUCCACCUGUCACAUAGACACUAUCACUCUUGAUGAUAAAGAUGAGAAAUCAGAAGACAAGCCACAACUGGAUCUUAUUUAUGCAAUUAAUGACAGACCACCUUGGUAUUUAUGCCUGCUUCUUGGAUUUCAGCACUAUAUCCUAGCAUUUGGUGGUAUUAUAGCCAUUCCACUAAUCCUUGCAGAUGCAAUGUGUAUUGAAGACAACAAUGUCAAGAGUCGACUUAUCAGCACUAUAUUUUUUGUUUCGGGUUUAUGUACAUUGCUACAGACAACGUUUGGAUCCAGAUUACCUAUUCUGCAAGGGGGUACAUUUAGCUUCCUCACUCCUACUUUGGCAAUUCUAGCUUUACCAGAAUGGGCAUGCCCACACCAAAAAAGCCAGCUGCUUUUGAACUCAACUAUCAGUAGAGAUGAUGAAGCAUGGAAAUCCCGUAUGUGUGAGAUACAAGGUGCUAUUAUUGUAGCAUCUUUUCUUCAGGUUUUGCUUGGAUUCACAGGCCUUAUUGGAUUCAUCCUCAGAUUUAUUGGUCCUCUUGCAAUUGCUCCUACCAUCACCCUUGUUGGACUUUCUUUAUUUAUUGAGGCUGGGAAAAAAUCUGGCUCUCACUGGGCAAUUGCUACUUUAACAAUGGGACUGAUCAUUCUUUUCUCCCAGUACUUAAGCAACGUGAAUGUACCUUUAAUUAUCUACAGUAAGAAGCAAUGGAAAAUUAUACGGUAUCCAGUUUUCAAACUUUUUUCUGUGUUGCUGGGAAUGUGUCUGUCUUGGCUGUUAUGUUUCUUGCUUACAGUCUACAAUGUGCUGCCAACUAACAGUAAUGACUAUGGCUAUUAUGCAAGAACUGAUAUCAGGAUUGAUGCUGUUAAAAGUGCCCCUUGGAUUUAUUUUCCCUACCCAUGUCAAUGGGGUCUUCCAACAGUGAGCUUAUCUUCUGUGCUUGGCAUGAUGUCUGGAGUUCUAGCCUCAACUCUAGAAUCAGUUGGCGAUUAUUAUGCAUGUGCCCGACUUUCGGGAGCCCCAGUACCACCAUUUCACGCUAUCAAUCGUGCAGUAGGAAUUGAAGGCAUUGGAUGUGUGAUGGCAGGCAUCUUUGGAACAGGGAAUGGAACCACAUCCUACAGUCAAAAUAUUGCAGCACUAGGAAUUACAAAGGUUGGAAGUCGACUUGUUCUCCAGUCAGCUGGAAUUUUAAUGUUGUGCAUUGGCCUAUUUGGAAAACUAGGGGCAGUAUUCAUCACUAUUCCCAACCCUGUCAUUGGAGGAAUGUUAAUGGUUAUGUUUGGAAUGAUUUCUGCUGUGGGGAUCUCUAACCUUCAGUUUGUGGAUUUAAAUUCUUCCAGAAAUUUGCUUAUUUUGGGCUUCUCUAUAUUUAGUGGCCUGGUCAUACCAACAUGGUUUCACUCCAACAAAGAAAUAGUCAACACAGGUAUUAGGGAACUAGAUCAAGUUAUUAUUGUUCUUUUAACAACUAAUAUGUUUGUUGGAGGAUUCCUCGGAUUUUUUCUGGAUAACACAAUACCAGGUAUGGGAUUUACAUACAGAACAGAAAAAGAAAGGGGCAUCAAAGAGUGGCGCAAAAACGGACAAGACACACAGGGAAACAAAGAUGAUGUCUUCUAUGAGCUACCAUACAUGAGCAAAUACCUUCACAAAUGCAGAUGUGCACGAUAUGUCCCAUUCUUGCCAACUUACAAGACAAUUUAA